AGUCGAUUUUAGCUACUCGUUGCUGAAAGCCAAAACCAAAAUCAACUCGACCGUUACGUACGAAGCACGAAAAUCGAAAACCACCACUACCAAGCGACCGAGGAUGAUGACCCACUUUUCGGAAUUUUCGCAUUAAGAAAUAGCAAUCUUGAUGUUAGGUUCAGAAAGAGUUUAGCGUUAAAACAAAAGUGUAAAUAUUUGUGUACAUAUAGAAAAGUGAAGCUUUAUAAUUAAUAUCAGUUUAAUAAGCUAACAUAAAAAAUAAAAGCAAAUGAAGCGGAGGUGAAACGACAGAAGAUGCAGUAGAGGAAUACACAUUGGAAAAUCCGCAGGCAGAAAAAUUCGCUCUAUACUAUAAAGUCACCCCUGAACUCCGCAAUCCAGCGCAGCAGUAGGCGUAACAGCAAAAGAUGUGGAGCGUCAAUGGAGCACCAGCGGAGCGCUAGCAGAGGCUAUACAGAAAACUGCUGGCACGAAGUUGUAUAAAAAUCGGUCACAAUGUUGCUGCUUUCAUGGUUGCGCGAGUGAAAAUGUGCUAAAAAUGUGCUUUCUGCGAAAUAUUGAAUGAAAUGGGCUAGAAGUGUAAAAAAUUAUGUAGUUAGAAAGAAAAGUAUAGCAAUUGCGUAAAUGUAUAAUCUUUUAUUUUGAAAAUAAGUAUCCGGCGAUUUGUUGACGAUUAACGUGGAAGAAUAGAAACAUGAGUUAUAGCUCUGAAUGAAUAAAUACAUAUAUACGUAUUUAAAGAAGGUGUGAAAAUUGUAAAACAUAUAAUACAUACAUAUAUCUACAUAUAUAUGUAUGUAUCUGUAUUUAUACCCAUUGAAAUGCAUUUAUGAAAAAUAUCUAUAUUCCUCCGAAAUGCAAAUGUAAACGAGUAAUCAGCACCAUACAAAUCCACGGAGUAUAAUAAAAUAGCGAAAAAAUUACAUACAUACAUAUGUACGUACAUAUGUUCUAAUUUGGGGCACCACUCAUUCGUGCAUAAUUAUAAUAAAGGAACAAAUAAUAAUAAUAAUAGCAAUACACAUACAUAAUCAAAAUACAUAUAAAAAUAUUAUUGAAUUUACGAAGUAGUUAAAAUAUCACUAAUAAAAAGGCAACUUGCAAAUAAACGUGCAACUAUGUUAGGAGUGGGUGCGAAGGAGGGUUAAACUUUCCAACGCCGAAAAAUCAUAUCGACACGCUAACGUGCAGGAAGUGGAAGUGAAGGGUCAGCAGGUGGCACAUUUUAAAGAGGGACAAAUACACACACAUAUACAUCCACGCAAACGAGAGCGCAAGGAGCCGUGCAGCUGGAUGAUAAGCACGUAAGAGACGGUAAAGGCGUUCUACUUGAUUGCGUUGACGUUCGCACGCUCACACACGCCAACACGCUCGCAGGCACAUUUUAUCAUUGCAAGCGCUCGUACACCAUCGGCUUCGCCUUUAUAGUACUGGUUCAUUGCCUGUCGGUUGACUGGCGAAAUUUAUUGUUGCUUGUUAAAGCAAAUCGCAUAAAUGAUUUCAUACGACCAGCAACGGAUGAAGCAACAACAAAAACAUCAACCGAAUUUACGGACACAGCAAGAAGGUAACAAAAUCACGGAGAACGUCAAAAUCACCAAGAACAAAAGGACCAGCAAUAACAACCACAACAUAUAUAACUGAAGCAAAGCAAAACGUAACAACGGCAAAGUCGUAAAAAUUCGCUAAAAUGCCGUACGAGUCCAUGCACCAUCAUCAGUCAUCAGCGCCCAACGGCAUGUUGGACUCAUUGAGUUUGCAGCUCCGCGAUGCGGAGAUGCGCCGCACUGAAAUUGAGCGCGCACACCAGGAAACGUUGGCACAAAUACGCAAUAUGUCGAGCAGCAGUCGCCCGGACACAGAAGCUGUAGAGAAUCUGCAAUCGCGCGCGCGUGAACUUGAGAAAAAAGUCGCUUUGGAAAAUGUACGCUGCGAGGAAUUGCAAAUUGAAUUAACGUCCGCAUUGAAGGCGAAGGCUGCGCGUUCAGGCGGUAGCGACCGAGGCAACUAUGGCGGCAUUUCAGCAUCAAGCGCAAAUGCUUCUUCAGCGGCCGCCAUAUCGGGCACAAGUUCCACUGUCACGUGGGCACCGACAAUCAGUCAUCAGGACCAAGGCUCUGAAAUUGAUAUAAUUAUGGCGAAAAUUGAACAGGAUAAUCGCGUAUUGGCCGAGCUGGAGCAGCCCCGUACAUCGGCCAAGGGCAUGUCUUCGAUGCCAACAAGUUCCAUAUUGAAUAACACUAAUAGCGAAUUUCAAACCAUAUCAAAAAACGAAUUAGAAGAAGAGUUGAACCGUUAUAAGCGAGCAGUGUUGGGCGGCACAAGCGGCACCGCCGUCGGUAGUUCGGCGCUCACCAGCAGCUAUGGUACCGCAGCCACCACCGGCGCUGGUGGCCUACCAUCAUCGCUUACCUCCACACUGCCGAAUGGCGCUAGCGCCAUGUCAGCCGCAUUAGUUGGUAGUGGAGGCAGCGGCGGUGUUGGUGUUGGCGUUAGUGCAGGUGGUGGCAGCAGUGUCGGCAGUGGGGGUGGUAGUGGCGGCAGUGGUCCAGGCGGUGGCGGCGGCGGCGGUGGUGUUAUGGGCCUCUCAUCUAUAUCAGCGCUGGUGCCCAACUCCAUUGGCGGUAUAUCGUCGAGUUUGAGCAGUCAUGCCAUACAAUCGAUGAAUACGGCCGCGUCCGCCUAUGGCGCUGGUCCCACGUCCGUUGAGAAACUGCUAAGCGGAACAAGUGGAAUCGCUGGCGGCAUUCCACCAUUGCCGGUAAAUAUUCAUACGAUGAAGUCUAUGCCAUCAGCAUUAAGUCAGCGUGGCACAAUACAACUGUAUAAUUUGCAGAGCACAACCAUGCCCAUCUUGUCGUUGAACGCGCAUAACAUACCGACCGGUACGAGCAGUUACUCGGCACUGGGGCUAAGUGGUGCCGGCACUGUUGGAGUGCCGUCGCUGGGCUCGUCGCUGACACACCCCGCCUUGGGUAAUAUGCUCGAUACGAGUACCCUGCUCGGCACUACUGGUUUGUCGGGUUUGAGCGGAGUGGGGGGCGCUUCUUCGUUGUAUGGAUUGGGCGCUGGCCCCGGCAUUGGUGGUUUGAGUGGAAUUACCAGUGGUCUACCUAAUUCUUAUGUCCCACCCUUCAUUGACGUGGGCUCGAGCACCUCAUAUCCCUACUCGUCGGCUGCAUUGCGUACUGCUACAAAAAUGAAAAUGCUCGAUGAGAUUGAUAUACCGUUGACACGUUAUGGAAAUCGCAGCUCGCCGUGCUCACCGAUACCGCCCAGCACGUGGGGACUCGAUGAGUUCACUGAUGGUUUGAGUGCUUCAAUGUUACAUAAUCGUGGCAAUUUGGCGUUGGGGGCAUUGGAUUUGGAAACGCGAAAUCAUAAUUUAAAUGGCGUUAGUGAACCACAAGUAGACAUGUUGGACAUACCGGGCAAGGGACGGUGCUGCGUCUUCAUAGCGCGUUUUCCAUACGAUCCACCAGAGGAAGCUGAAGGUGAAUUAUCGCUUUGCGCUGGUGAUUAUUUACUCGUUUGGACGAGCGGCGAACCACAAGGCGGCUAUUUAGAUGCCGAAUUGCUAGAUGGUCGGCGAGGUCUAGUACCUGCCUCGUUUGUGCAACGUUUGAUUGGUGAUGAUCUUUUGGAAUUCCAUCAAGCAGUACUGUCGACUUUGCGUGACGCCGAGGAUGGCUCUAUGCAAUGUGACACUACUUCGUUGCCCUCGCUGCCACCUCACAACCCUUUGCUCACACACACCCAGGAGGACUUGGCACGCUUGAGUGAGACGCACACAGAUUUGGAACACGAUCAAGAUGACAUAAGUGAUAAUGUUCCAGCACCGAAGCACUUAACGUUGGAGCGCCAGCUAAAUAAAAGUGUGCUUAUCGGUUGGUCACCACCAGAACCAGUAGGCUAUAAUCUCAUUGACAGCUAUCAUGUCUAUGUGGACGGCGUCCUGAAAGUAACGGUAAAGGCCAAUGAGCGGACACGAGCGCUUAUAGAGGGCGUAGACUCAAACAGGCCACAUCGUAUCAGCGUGCGUAGUGUUACACAGAAUCGACAGACAUCACGCGAUGCAGCAUGUACAAUGAUUAUUGGACGCGACACCUCGCAUUUAGGGCCUUCAGCGGUGCGAGCUUCGCACAUUACGUGUUCAUCGGCGGUCAUAUCAUGGUUACCGGCCAACUCAAAUCAUCAGCAUGUGGUGUGUGUGAAUAAUGUAGAAGUGCGUACGGUCAAACCGGGUGUCUAUCGUCACACCAUUACCGGGCUGGCCCCGAGCACACAAUAUCGAGUCACAGUGCGGGCUAAACACUUGCGAGCAGCGGGUGGUCAACCUACACCAGGACGUCCGCAGGAGGAAGCACCGGGUGCGUAUGCUGAUUUCCGUACGUUGACUAAGGGCUUGCCCGACCCGCCACAGGAUAUCCAACUUGAGGCUGGUCCUCAAGAUGGUACCAUUUUGGUGACAUGGCAGCCGGUUAACCGGCCAACAUCUUCUGGCCCCGUAACCGGCUAUGCUGUGUACGCCGAUGGUAAGAAGGUAACAGACAUUAACUCACCAACUGGGGAUCAUGCGCUCAUCGAUAUCGGCAAACUGGGCGUAUUUAAUCCACGUGCGGUCACCAUACGCACCAAAUCGCGAGACGCACAAUCAGCCGAUAGCGCACCCAUACUAAUACCAAAUACUGUGCGCAGUGCAGUAGGUCGUCGAGGGCCUCAACAAAUGGGCAUGGGUCCGCAACAAAUGCAACCCGGCACCCAUGGCAUGCCCGGUCAAAUGAACAUGCCCGGCCAACCGCUUCAGCAGCAGCAACAUAUGAUGGGCCAAGAUCCGAAUCAAUAUGACCCAAAUCAACAAAUGCAACACGGACAACAACAACAAACCGGACAACAACAAGGGCAGCCAGGACAACAGCCUGACGGAAGCCAUGGCUUAUUAGGUGGGCUGCUCGGUGGCCUCUUCUCAAAACCCACUACUCAGAGUCAAGUGAAUCAGAAUGUCAAUGGCUAUCAGCCGGGCACGGGGCAGCGGCCCAUGAUGCAGGGGCGACCACCUGGUCCGCAGAUGAUGGGUGGACAACAACCUGGUCAGCAGCCUUAUGGUCCACAGGGGCAAAUGGGUGCACAACAACGUUUCCCCGGCCAACGUGGUCCCGCUCCGGGGCAGAUGCAAGGACAAAUGCCUGGUCAAUUGCAGGGGCAGAUGCAAGGUCAAGGCCAAAUGCCUGGGCAAAUGCAGGGUCAAAUAGCCGGCCAGAUGCAGGGUCAAAUGCCCAUACAAAUGCAAGGUCAAAUGGCCGGACAAAUGCAAGGUGCUAUGGGUCCUCGAGGCCCACUAAAUCCACAACAACAAAUGCAGCAACAGCAACAGCAACAUCAGCAGCAGCAACAACAGCAACAACAGCAGGGACAAAUGGGUAUGGGCCCUGGACAACAACCAUUAAAUCAACAACAACAACAAUUGGCGGCACAAAAGAAACCACGUUAUUUCGUCGCUAUGUUCGACUAUGACCCAAGCACAAUGAGUCCAAAUCCAGAUGGAUGCGACGAAGAACUGCCAUUCCAAGAAGGUGACACAAUCAAGGUUUAUGGCGACAAAGACGCCGAUGGCUUUUAUUGGGGUGAACUUCGCGGGCGUCGUGGCUACGUACCGCACAAUAUGGUAACGGAAGUGGAUGAUGGUACCGGUGGUAUGGGCCCAAUGCCGGGCGGACCUCCGCAGCCUGGUGGUCCGGGUCAAGUUAUGCCCGGACAGGGUGGGCCCCAACAAAGUAUGCGUAAUGUAAGUCGGGACCGUUGGGGUGAUAUCUAUGCAAACAUGCCGGUGAAACGUAUGAUCGCGCUGUAUGAUUAUGAUCCGCAAGAGCUGAGUCCGAAUGUGGACGCGGAACAAGUGGAAUUGAGCUUCAAAACGGGUGAGGUAAUACUCGUUUAUGGUGAUAUGGAUGAAGAUGGUUUCUAUAUGGGUGAACUGGACGGUAUACGUGGUCUUGUGCCGUCAAAUUUCCUCGCCGAAGCACCCGAUCAGUACAACAAUCAAAUGGGACCAGCAGGACGUGGUGGCCUAAGUCAACGGGGUAGAGGACAAGGCCCCGGCGCCAGAGGGCCUCCGCCACCGCCCAGAGAUAACAUGAUGCCCGGCAUGACUGGGCAACGCGGUUCCAUAGGCAAAAUUGAAGAUGCUCGCCCUGCUUCCCCUACACUGUUAGACAACACGGGCCUCCCUGCCCCCGAUCACCAAACGCAGGGGAUGAUCGGUCGCGGUGGUAAUGUUGGUAUGCAACAACAACUUCAACAACAACAACCAUAUGGUCAGCAACAGGCACAGCAGCAGCAACAACAAAUGGGUAUGGGUCAAAUGGGGCAACAACAGCAGGGCAUGAUGGGGCAACAGCAACAACAGCCGAUGGGUGGACAAAUGGGCCAAAUGAACGCUAUGGGUCAGAUGGGGCAGAUGACGCCACAACAGCAACAGCAACAGCAGCAGCAGCAGCAACAACAACAACAGCAGCAACAGCAACAACAAAUGGGUAUGGGCGGGCAGAUGGGACAAAUGGGCCAAAUGGGUGCGAUGGGGCAACAACAGCAGCCCGGCAUGAUGGGCGGCCAACAACAAAUGGGCAUGGGCGGUAUGGCGGGGCAACAACAACAGCAGCCGCCCGUAACGACGCAGUCAUCUGGUGGUCUAUUCUCCGGUGCUACAAGCCUACUCUCAGGUGCUACUUCGGCUGCCACCGGUGGUCUAUUUGGUUCGAAACAACCACCGAAACAAGAUCCAAUGCAACCACCAGUCGGUGCGCAGCCAAUGCAGCCAGGCCAACAACAGCCACCGCCGCAAGGACAACAGCCUCCGCCACAGGGUCAGGGACCAGGGGCGGGGCUGUUGGGCGGACUAAAAGGUAUUGCAGCGGCGGCGCCCGGUGGGGAUGUGCUUUCAAAAGGCAAAGAUCUCUUCGGAAAAUUCGGAUUCGGCUUUGGCAAAUAACCCCGGUCAUUUUGUAGGACAUUUCUAUUUAUAUUGUAUCUAAAUUUGUAUUUAUUAUUAACUAAAAGGCGCAUACAACAAAAAUCACUACUAUUAUUAUCGCUUAAACAAAUAAAUAGUAAUUACAAAAAUAAUGAAUAUUAUAAAUAUGAUUAUGAUUGUAAAUCAUACAAAGCAAUUGAUUGCAAUGGUGAUUAUGAAAAACUAACGGUACUAGUAUUUUUUAUCACAUAAUAUAGUACAUACAUAAAUUGACAAAAAUAUGCAAAGCGACAAAAAACUGAUAGUAAUAUUUAAUACAAUUAAUCUUUGUGUUUUUCCCCCUUUUUCGCGGGCGAAAAAACAAAGCCAUAUUUUACACACAUACGUACGUAAAAUAUGUGUAUAUACCGAGCGGUUAAAAGAUGGCCAUGCCAUGGUGUCUUUUGGCACAGAGGCACAAAUAGUUGGUGGGGUCGCCGCCGUAUCGAAAAUGAGAGAAAAUGGCGAUGGAAGAAGAUCUUGCGCGCUUGAAGCGAAAGCGUAUAAAUAAAAUAUGCAGACAUCAACCCAAACACUGUGAGACAAAAGCUAGUAAAAUUUAAGUACACCAAGUUACACGGAAACACACUUGAAUGCCCAAAUCGAUCACAUACACAUAUACAAACCAAAGAGAAAUGUUGAAAAUACCACUUAUAGCUAAGUCAAAAAUGCAAUAAUAUUCAACAAGAAAAACUAAAAAAAUCACCUUGAAUGGCGUUUAUUAAAAUUUAUAAGAAA